GGUGACUGAAUUGAUGUCAUUCUGCUCAACUCGUUCACUAAUUAACUUGUUAGCGUCCACCGAUUAUUUAAUUAGAUUAACAGCACUCUGAGGAGCAACGAAGAAGUGUUUUAUUCUGUGAUGUGAAAUUGUGGCAAAAAAUUUAAUUGAUCAACAAGAGGAGAGCACCAAAAGGGGCUGCAAAAAUAACGAACCGGCAACAAGUCAGCAGAACAAGAGAGCCCCGAUCGACGCGCAGAGAAUGAUUCUCUCGCGCGACGAAAUUCUUCCAGCCACGAGGAAAUAUUUCCCCACUUUUCUUUCUUUUGGCCCCUUCAGUGGCGCGUAUAAAAGCACAACACGCUCUCGAAGGCACAUCAGUCCAUCUUCAUAUUUGUUGCAUUGCGGACAAGUUUGCGGGCCAGAUCACAAAACUUCUAAACUUCUCUUUCUCAAGAAAAAAAAAAACAAAAUUAUCAAACUUUCAAGUGCUCUUAACAAAAAAAAUUGCAUAAAAUUAGCAUAAAAGAGAAAAUUCUUCGUGAAUUAAUUAUAAAGUGAAGUUGUGCUGGAGAGCAAAAGGAGAGCCAACAGGAAAUUAUUUAUCAGUGAUUCAAAAGAGAAUUUUUAAUCUCAAGCAAAUAUGAGGGAAUGCAUUUCAGUUCAUAUUGGCCAGGCUGGCGUUCAGAUUGGUAAUGCUUGCUGGGAGUUGUACUGCCUUGAGCAUGGUAUUCAACCUGAUGGUCAAAUGCCAUCGGAUAAGACCAUCGGUGGUGGAGAUGACUCCUUCAACACCUUCUUCAGCGAAACUGGCUCCGGUAAGCACGUCCCGCGGGCUGUUUUCGUCGAUCUGGAGCCCACUGUUGUGGAUGAAGUGCGAACCGGCACGUACCGUCAGCUUUUCCAUCCUGAACAACUCAUCACCGGCAAGGAGGAUGCCGCCAACAAUUACGCCCGCGGACAUUACACAAUCGGCAAGGAGAUUGUAGACCUUGUUUUGGAUCGUAUCCGCAAGCUUGCCGACCAAUGCACUGGACUCCAGGGCUUCUUGGUGUUCCAUUCCUUCGGCGGCGGAACUGGAAGUGGCUUCACUUCCCUCCUCAUGGAGCGCCUUUCGGUGGAUUAUGGGAAAAAGUCCAAAUUGGAAUUCUCCAUCUAUCCAGCACCGCAGGUAUCCACUGCGGUCGUUGAACCCUACAAUUCCAUCUUGACCACUCAUACCACUCUUGAGCACUCCGAUUGUGCCUUCAUGGUGGACAAUGAGGCCAUCUAUGACAUUUGCCGUCGCAAUUUGGACAUUGAACGCCCCACGUACACCAAUCUCAAUCGCUUGAUCGGCCAGAUCGUUUCCUCCAUCACGGCCUCUUUGCGCUUCGACGGAGCCCUCAAUGUGGAUCUCACGGAAUUCCAAACGAAUCUCGUGCCCUAUCCCCGUAUUCAUUUCCCUCUGGCCACCUAUGCGCCGGUGAUUAGUGCUGAGAAGGCCUACCAUGAGCAACUGACCGUGGCUGAGAUAACAAAUGCAUGCUUCGAGCCUGCCAAUCAGAUGGUGAAGUGUGAUCCUCGUCAUGGGAAGUACAUGGCCUGUUGCAUGCUGUACCGCGGGGAUGUCGUGCCGAAGGAUGUCAAUGCUGCCAUUGCCACCAUCAAGACCAAGAGAUCCAUUCAAUUCGUUGAUUGGUGCCCAACUGGCUUUAAGGUUGGCAUCAACUACCAGCCCCCAACUGUUGUCCCCGGAGGUGAUCUUGCUAAGGUACAGCGUGCUGUGUGCAUGUUGUCCAAUACAACGGCCAUUGCCGAAGCCUGGGCUCGUCUUGAUCAUAAAUUCGAUCUUAUGUACGCCAAGCGUGCCUUUGUACAUUGGUACGUUGGUGAGGGCAUGGAGGAAGGUGAAUUCUCCGAAGCUCGUGAGGAUUUAGCUGCCCUGGAGAAGGAUUACGAGGAAGUUGGUGUGGACAGCACUGAAGAAGUUGGUGAAGGAGAUGAAUAUUGAAGAGGAGGAGGAACAACAACAAGAAAGAAACCCUUCAACACACUAAAUGACUCACAAAUUGAUUUGGCACUUAAUCACGCAUUUUUCUGCCCGUCAAGAGAUUUUUUUCAUUAAAACAACACUGUCUUUUCGUCGUGCACCCUCUUAAGAAGCAAACCACAGAAAGGAUUGUUUUGCACAUCAUGUGAAAGAUUUUAUUAAUAAAGAAACGCCAUGAAACACACA